UUGGGCUUUGGUUAGAACUUUCGCUUGAAAUGAGUACUCCCAGCAGACCGUUGGAGCUGGAGGAUUGGGAGUACGUGAAGCAAGGUAUUGUCCUGUGGCUCAACAACAUGCCCCAAGCGGCCGAGGACAGCUUCCAGAAUCGACCCUCGAGUGUGCACAUUGUGGCCGGGCAUACCUUCAUUUCUUUCAUGGUAAGUACCUUUUUCCAAUCCGCAAGGGAAUUCUUCCCAAAACCCUCUUUGGGUAACCCCGCUUGUGGUUGUGGCCUUUCGUAUCGCCCCCAGAACGCCGUUAUAUCAUGGGAAACGGAAAAGAUGAACGAAGCCCAGGCACGCCUGAGGGAACUGGAGAAGCAAUGCGCGGGUGAUGUUGGAUGGCUGAAGUCGGUCCGCUCGAAACUCUUCGGUAGCAACGUGGCCCAAAAGACGCUCAUCGAAAGCCUCGAGGAACAGAUCAUACUGGCCGACAGCCAGCUGUGUCUCGCUAUCCUGGUGUCGCUGAGUCAGGACAUCAGCGGCUUCAUGAAGGGAGGCUGGCUGUUGCGCAAGGCAUGGAAGGUCUACCAGCACACGUACCAACAAAUCUACCGACUCUACACCGGAUCGCUGCCGACCGAUGGGAGCACCGUCCCGCAGGCUCCGAUCAGAUACCAACAGAAUGCGAUUCCCGGUGGCCUUGACCUCAGUACGCCGUCCUCCACCGAUUGGACGGUACCGAAUUCGACGCUACAAACACCGGACGGCGGUUGCGAGUGCUCACUGGAUCCGUUGCGUAGGUCGAAAACUAUGACUUUCGAUGCGGCGAACAAGGUUCCGAACGAGGACACAAACUCAUCGAGCGAGGUGACUUCCAGCAGUGGAAGCGUGAAGAAGAGCUACACGAUGAAUUUUGAAGAAAUGACCAGUCCCUCGGGAGGUACCAGUUCCAGUGUGGAGUCCCUCGAGGACAAUCCCGCGGGGACAAUGGAGCGUACGCCAGGAAGAGAACAGCUGACGCUGGAUUUAAAUUCGGUUAAAGCUUCGCGAGGCCUCGUUUCGAAUGGGCAUGUCCCGAGGAGUAUUCCGGAAACCGAUGCGGAAGAAAGACCACUUCGACCGGAGGACAUUCAACGGCUGAUGGGAGCGAUCAGCUUCGGGUACGGCGUGUUCCAGCUGAGCAUAUCCUUGCUGCCACCGAGUCUGCUGAAACUGAUCAGCUUCCUGGGAUUCGAGGGUGACCGGACGAUGGGAAUCGCUUGUCUCAGCUUUUCGCGGCACAGCGUCGACAUGCGCGCCCCGCUGGCCACACUGGCCCUGCUCUGGUACUAUACCAUCGUGACGCCAUUCUUCGCGCUCGACGGCACGAACCUGAGACUCGAGAUCCAGGCCGCCCAGCAGCUAAUUGACGAAACGGCGGAACAGUUUGCUAAAUCAUCUCUCUUUCUCUUUUUCCGUGGACGGGUCGAGCGGCUAAAGACUAACAUCCCGGAAGCGAUCCGGGCGUACGAGCGGGCGUACCGGUCGUCUGCUCAACGGGAAAUAAAGCUUCUGUGUCUCCACGAGAUCGGAUGGUGCCGGCUGAUACAGCUCGACUACGGGAUGGCGAUGCAAAAUUUCAAAGAACUCAAGAUGUGCAGUAAGUUCUCCAAGAGCUUCUACUCCUACCUAACGGCCAUCUGCGAGGGAGCGUUCGGCCAGUUUUCGAAUCUGACCCGGUGGCGUACGGAUAUCCUGGAAAUGAUAGGCCGGUCCGCACAGAAGGAUUCCCAGAUCGAGAGGUACAUCUUUCGGCGCUGCCUGAAGCUGCCCCGAACGUUAGGUGGAUCACAGACCAAAUUUAGUACCUCGCUGUACUGGAAGUAUCUGGUGUUUGAGAUGUUGUUUCUGUGGAACGCGCUGACCAGCUGUAGUGUGGAGCAGCUGGAGAGCAUAUCGGCGGAUUGCUCGCAACCGGUCGACGCCUACAGCGAACCGAUGUUGGGCGUUUCGCGCCUCAUUCUUGGGGCCUGCCUUGCCUGUUUGGCCCGCUACGACGAAGCAAUACUGGCGUAUCGCGAGUGCAUCGCCAUGCGUGCCGAAGCGACCGAUCAGCAGCAGGACAUUCAUGUAUCCGCCUUUGCGUUCUACGAAUUGGCCGUGCUAUUGCUCCGUCCACAGAGGGACCCCGAUGAGGCCGACCGGCUCGAAGCACGUCACCUGUUGGUGUACGCGCAGCAGAACUUCAAAAACUACGACUUCGAUAAUCGCGUCAACGUACGCAUUCAUGCCGUGCUGAAGAAGCUGGAUUCAUGAUCCGGCAGAAUGUGCCAGAGUUGAGCAAAUUGUUACGUUGGUGCCUUAUUUAUAUUGUUGAAGCAAAACUCACUGUUAAACAGCUCUUUUCUAGUGCGCAAGUAUAGAGAUUAACAACAGCUUCACGCACACUUGCUGGUCAAGGUACUGCACCGCAACACACGACGGUAGCUACUAAUUGUAGGAUAAAGAAUAGAAAAAAACCUCUACCUUAGUAUAGUAGUGCACAAGAUGAACUCAAAACACAAAACGCGCGCGGGGAGAGUGCUAUAAAUAUUUUUUAACUCAUUACCAAAAAUCGCAAAGCCCCAAGUACAUUAAAGUUCAACAAUCGCCAACAAGAUGUCUGGAACUGGAAACAAUAAAUUUUUAUACACUAGAGAGUGUCGCGCAGGAUGAUCGUUGCUCGUUACCCUGUAC